UAAUUUACAGCAAUAUUGCGAGUUCUCUGUGUAACUUAACUUUCAUGUAUGUUGAUUGGUCUCUCAAUUUUUCACAGCAAUUUGUGACUGCAAAAGUUCCUGUGGCGGCUGUCCGACCGCAAGAGUGUCCUGUCUAACCGUACCUGUGUCUGCAAUCCAACUUCAUCAGUGAGCAAUUUGUGACUGCAAAAGUUCCUGUGGCGGCUGUCCGACCGCAAGAGUGUCCUGUCUAACCGUACCUGUGUCUGCAAUCCAACUUCAUCAGUGAGGUAAAAGGUGUCAUCUGCCAUUCUCAAGUUCAUGAUUGAAAUGUUUUUUUUAUUUUUUGCUGGUGAUUUUGUUUUGGUGGGCAAAUGUGGAGGUGUAAGGAGUGUAGUGAAUCUCUUUCUGGUAGAUAUGAGUUACUAAAGCAUUUUAGACUACAGCACCGGCAUAGGCAACGCUAUCCAUGCCCACACACAAACUGCCCAUGUACAUUUAAGACAUGGAAUGCUUUGCACAUUCAUUUAAAUAGAGCCCAUCCCAAACAAAACUCUCAGGAGCAGCUGGAGUUGUCAAUAUUCAGUUGUCAUUUGUGCACUUCGAGCGAUCUUCCUACGGAGAGGGAUUAUUUUGUACACAUUGGAACUCAUUUUAAGAGUCAUGAGACUGUUCCUUGUAUGUUUGUGGGUUGCAGUUUUGAAACAAAUAUAUACGCAACAUUUCACUCUCACAAAAACAGGAAACACAAACCGCAUACGUUGAAAGAUUUCAAGCCAGGUGUAGUUAGAACCACUCUAGUUGCACAAGAAUCCUCUGAUAAUCCUGUGGAAUACGCACAUAAUCAAGAUGACUCUGCAGUUGAAGUACACAGUGCUUGUUCAAGUAGUGAUGUGGAUGUAACUCAGAACUCUUCCAAAGUAAUUGAGAAAAACUUUGCUGCAUCGUUGCUCAAAUUAGAGCAUUUUGCACAUGUGCCGGGUACAAAAAUUGAUGAGUUUUUGGAAGAACUGCACUACUUAAGUUCAGCAACAUUGCCCCUCUCCAUUGACAUUCUUGAAGGUGUAUUUCAGAAACAUAGUCCCACAACUGAUAAGUCUGUGAUAACAGAAGUAGCCACUGCUCUCUGCGCAUCAAACCCUUUGCUCAAAGCCAUAGGGAAGGGUGGUCCCCUAAGGACAUCUUAUCUCCGCAAUCAGUAUUACAAAGACAGCUUUAAUGUUGUAGAACCCAUAGAGUACAUACUUGAUGCCAAGGAAAAAAGGAGUUUUCAGUAUGUGCCUGUACUCAAGUCUUUGCAGCAGCUCUUUCAGAGGAAAGAUGUUGUAGACAAAGUGGUUGAAAACCACAGAGUGCAGCAGAGUAAUAGGGGGACUGGUGAACAACAGACUUACAAAUCUUCCCAGGAUGGUUCACACUUCAAGGAAAACGGUUUUCUAUCAGGGGAUGACUUGAGAAUUUUGUUGACUAUAUACAUAGAUGACUUUGAGAUUUGCAAUCCUCUGGGUACUUCUCGCAAGAAGCAUAAGCUUUGUGGAAUCUACUGGACUUUGAGUAAUUUGCCUCCAGGCUCACAUUCAUCACUAUCCUCGAUUUACCUGGCGGUCUUGUGUAAAACUGAUGAUGUGAAGAAGUAUGGUUAUGACCGUGUCUUACAUCCUCUUCUUCAAGAUAUGAUAACUCUAGAACAAGUUGGUGUUUUCAUUCCAUUGCUUGGCAGAUGUCUUAAAGGCACCAUUCAGGUUGUUGCGGCAGACAACCUGGGAGCUCACAGUAUAGCUGGUUUCAAUGAGAGCUUUUCUGGUGGAUAUAUCUGCCGAUUUUGCACAGCAACAAGUACAGACAUUCAAACAAAAGAGGUAAAGUCAGGUGCAUUCAGUCUAAGGACAAAAGAACUCCAUGACUCUCAUGUGAAAUCAGCGCAGGAGAAUGGGGCAAGCUGUUUUGGGGUGAAAAGACAUUGUUCCAUCACUCAAUCUCUUGACCACUUCAGUAUUCACACGGGUUAUCCUCCAGAUAUUAUGCAUGAUAUUUUUGAGGGGUUAGUGCCAGUAGAGCUUGCACGUUGUUUGGCAUUGCUAAUAUCUAAGAAAUAUUUCAAUCUUGAAACCCUCAACAAAUCUAUCCUGCAGUUCCCUUAUAAGUGGGCAGACAAAACAAACAGGCCACAUGUGAUCCCACACACAUUUUCUAAAAGAAAAACAAUAGGUGGGAAUGCCCAUGAAAAUUGGGCUCUGUUGAGACUACUCCCAUUCAUAAUUGGGCAUCUGGUGCCUGAGGGUGAAAUUGCAUGGCAAAUACUGUUGGACUUAAAAGACAUUGCAGAGCUUGUGGUUGCUCCAAGACAAACAGAUGAGUCAAUUGCCUAUCUUGAGGGCAAGAUUUCAGAGCACAGACAAAAGUACCAAGAACUCUUCCCUGAUGUGCGACUGCUACCAAAGCAUCAUUAUCUGGAGCACUAUCCACAACUGAUCAGGAUGUUUGGUCCUCUUGUGGGCCUCUGGACCAUGCGUUUUGAGGCCAAGCACAGUUUUUUUUAAGCAGGUUGCGCGACACACCAAUUGCUUUAAAAAUGUGCCCCUCUCGCUAGCUACUAAGCAUCAGCUAAUGAUUUCCUAUCAACUGGUAUCAUCCAGUUUUGAUGAAGCUGCCCUGGAAAUCACAAAGGUCUCAACAGUGCCUUUGGAUGUAUUGAAACAAGAAAUAGCUCAGACUAUUGCCCAGAACUUCCCUGGUACAACUGAAGUUCACUUAACAAAGUGUGUGUCAAGCAAAGGGGUAACAUUCAGAAAUGGGAUGAUAGUGGCUCAUGGGUCUACAAGUGGACUGCCUGACUUUGGAGAGAUUCUUCAGAUUUGCAUUGUACAGGAGAGACUAUGUUUCAUGGUGUUACGGACGACAGUC